CUCGUAAAUGCGUAAACCUUCUCUAUAUAAAGGAGGCGAGGCGAUUCUCAGGCGGUGGUAUACAUCCACGAUUUCUCGGUUUAGUUUUUUUUGGGUUUUCGGUCGCGUCGUACCUUAUUUUCGAAAGGAGGGAAAGAAAUGGCGGAAGAGGGACAAGUGAUCAGUUGCCACACUGUUGAGGCCUGGAACGAACAGCUCCAGAAGGGAAACGAGUCCAAGAAAUUGGUCGUGGUUGAUUUUACUGCUUCAUGGUGUGGGCCAUGCCGCUUCAUGGCUCCAAUCCUGGCAGAACUGGCAAAGAAGCUGCCUAAUGUCAUUUUCCUGAAGGUGGACGUUGAUGAAUUGAAGACUGUUGCGACUGAUUGGGCUGUGGAGGCAAUGCCAACCUUUAUGUUCCUGAAAGAAGGGAAAAUAGUUGACAAGAUUGUGGGUGCAAGGAAAGAAGAGCUGCAGCAGAAGAUUACAGCUCACAUGGUUGCAUAAAUAUAUUUUCUAGUCCUGUGGAAAAAUAGACCUUCGUAUAAACUCUAUCUUGACAUCAGUUACUUGUUAAUCCCGUAAACGGUGCUUUUAUUUCUAUUAAUAAUACCCGAUGACAUUUGCAUAGUUUAUUGUUGAA